AUGGCUGAUAAGUUCACCACUUGCUAUGCAUGCCAGCGCAUGACCGAACCACAAGACGCAGUGCAUCUCACAUGUGGUCAUGUCUGGUGUCGGGAAUGUCUGAACGAAUAUGCCCGCUACAGCCUCAAGAAUCGAUUCACCUGGCCCCCAGUCUGCUGCCACGACACAGCUAUCGAUCUGACAGCUGUCAAACAGCAUCUCGCUGAUGAUGUGGUCCUUCGCAUGAAUGAGGUCAUGGAGGAGCUCCAGUCGGAAGACCCUACUUUCUGUCAUGUCCCUAAAUGCAGUGCUUUCAUCCCUGUAGACGCCGACAACGAUCAUGGCCAAUUCAUCCACUGCCAACAAUGCCACGAGCUCACCUGCGUCAAAUGCAAGGGACCAAAGGACCAGCAUGUCAAGCCCGAUGAGUGCCCGGACCUGAUUUCGAAGGAGGACAAGGAGCUAGUGAAGAAAAAGGGAUGGAAGCAGUGUCCCAACAAGAAGUGCCGCAAGGUGAUUGCCCGCUCUAAAGGCUGCCCGCUCAUGACCUGCGAGUGUGGAACAGCCUUUUGUUAUAAAUGCGGCGGUAUAUUUGAUGAGGACAUGAAUUGCAAGUGCGCCGAUGAGAGCGAUGGUGAUGACGAACAGGAUGGUGAUGCCAUGGUCGACGACGAUAUGGAGUAA